AUGUAUGAUGAAUUUGGCAAAAUACAUGUCACAGUUACUCAACAUGCUGGCCAAAAGGAAACAUGGAAUCAAAUUAGUAGUAAAUGGGGAUAUUGUCGACAAGAUCUUGUAGAAAAGUUUGUGACACAAUGUAAAAAUAUUCAAGAAUCGAUUACUGAUUUGAAUGAUUUAAUCAAUAAUACCGAUACCGAUACUAUAUCUUUGGAAGGUAAUUCUUUAAGUAGAUCAGCAACUUUAAAUCAAGAUUUGGAUCCGGAUAAUGAAAAUCAAGAAACAGUAAAUUAUAAUAACACGGAUCCAGAUAAUGAAAGUCAAGAAACAGUAAGCUUUUCUGUAGUCAGUUUGUCUAGUUUUAUAGGUUUUUUCUAG